AUGAAGUUUUUCUCCACAAUCGUCAUCGCAUCAUUCGGUGCAUUAGUCACUUCUAAUCCACUUCUUCCAGUUCUUUCAUUGAGGGACAACUCCGUUACUCAAUCAUCAUCUGUUAUCCCCAGUUACACAGUCCUCAACGAUUACUGUCAAAAUGCAGGCCCUGAUGCUUACGUUGGUGUGCAAUACGAUAACGGUGUCAUAACCUCCUACAAAUAUGGCCAAUGCUAUCCCUACGUUGUAAAUGGCAGUACCGCAUUGGCAGCCGUUUUCUGCAAAAGUGUAAUCUGCACGAACUGCUCCGGCGAUAAUUGCACAGACCCCAACAUUGUUCUCACGGUUCCAAGGAGUUUGGUUUUGGUCAAUCCAGCGGGAGUUGUAACAACAGUCUUAGGAAAAGGCGCAAUUUGUCAAAAACUCUCGCUUGACUUGCCAGUUUAA